UUACUACCGUGAGCUGAGUGAGAUCGAUAAAGAGUGGAGGUCGCCAGUUCAGCCUCAAGAGUGAGGGGAGAGUCUCAGGCUUGGGAACCUUUUCCUUUGGACACAUAGCUUGAUAAAAGCAACACCCGGGUGUCGCUGAAGAAGCAUAGAUCGGGGAGUUUUCUUGGCCUGAGAAGUACAGGAGAGGAGAGUAGUGAUAGCAUGGCUUCAAAGCUUGUGGUUCUUGGAAUCCCUUGGGAUGUGGAUACAGAAGGAUUAAAAGAGUACAUGAGCAAGUUUGGCCCCCUGGAUGAUUGCAUUGUUAUGAAGGAUCGCUCAUCUGGUCGAUCUCGUGGUUUUGGAUACGUGACGUUUUCGUCAGUAGAGGAUGCAAAGAAUGUCGUUAACUCUGAGCAUAUUCUUGGAGACCGAACUCUGGAAGUGAAGAUAGCGACUCCCAAGGAAGAAAUGCGAGCUCCAGGAAACAAGAAAGCUACUAGGAUAUUUGUUGCUCGGAUUCCACAGUCUGUGGAUGAGUCAAUGUUUCGCAGGCAUUUUCAAACUUUUGGAGAAAUAACAGAUCUUUAUAUGCCCAAGGAACUGGGUUCAAAAGAACAUCGUGGAAUUGGGUUUGUCACUUUCCGAAGUGCAGAAUGCGUGGACAAUGUCAUGCAAGAAAAUCAUGAGAUUGAUGGUUCAACAGUUGUUGUUGAUCGUGCAACUCCGAAGGAUGAAGAAGUCAGGCACCCUCCAAGGAGGGGGGGAGGAGCACAGGGCGAGGGUGGUUAUGGCUCGUACAAUGCAUACAUUACAGCUGCUACCAGAUAUGCAGCUCUGGGCGUACCAACACUGUAUGAUCAUCCUGGACCAGCUUAUGGAAGAGGUUACUUGAAUGAGCCCCCUGUAUCAAGCAAAAAGAUAUUUAUUGGUAGACUCCCACAAGAAGCAAAUACUGAUGAUUUAUGGGAUUAUUUUGGCCGAUUUGGCAGAAUUGUGGAUGCAUACAUUCCAAAGGAUCCUAAAAAGAGCGGCCACCGUGGUUUUGGUUUUGUUACUUUUGCUGAGGAUGGUGUAGCAGAUCGUGUAGCGCGAAGAAGUCAUGAAAUUUUGGGACAGGAGGUUGCUGUAGACUCAGCUGCACCUGUUGAGGGUGGCCCCAGUCGAGGCGGUUACAUGGAACCACCUGGGCCAUAUGGAGCUUACAGCCCGAUGAUGUCUUAUGGCCAGUUCUCUGGCAGUCUUGGUUAUGAUACUCUGAACAUCACCGAUUAUGCUAGCUGGCAGCCGUUGUCAAAUAACCUGCCAUGGAGAACCCGCUUCACGGCGGAGCUCGACGUCACACGGGGUUCAUCCUACGGCAGGUUCGUCUCCGGCGUGCGCGACCAGCUCGUGCUCCAUGCCGGCGCGACGCGCCACCUGGAGCUCGUCUUGCUUCCAGCCCAGUCCGAGGACCCCGGCAAGGCUCCAUGGUUCGGCGUCACGCUCCGUUGCGGCUCCGGGCGCUCGGCGCUGCUCCGGAUACGCGCAGACAACCUCUACCUCUCCGGUUACCGGAGCUCAGACGGUCUGUGGUCCGAGUUCCUCGGUGGCUCUCUCAUCGCCGGCGCGACGCCGAUUUCGUUCGGCGAUAGCUACGGCGACAUGGCGAGAGUGGCCGAGACGGCACUCGAGGCACUCACCCUCGGCAAGGAGGAGCUCCAAGCCGCGGCGGAGCGCCUCACGGCCAGCGCCGGCACUCAGCAGGAGAUCGCAAGAUCGCUGAUGACCAUGUCGGUGAUGGUUUGUGAGGCCAUCAGGUUCAGGAGCGUCGGCGGCGCGCUCAGCCACAUGAUGUGCAACGCUGCCCGGCGAGGGGUGCUGCCGGCGCACAUGGUCGAGCAGGUGAAGAACUGGAGGAGCCUGUCCGAGUACUGGCUCGAGGCCGUCCUCUACGCACAGCCGUUCCUGCCGUACAUAGAGGCCGACGGCAGCCAGCACUAUGGCCACAUCCCCCAGCACCUGCUCGCGCCGGCGAAGAUCGACUGCCAGGACCACGCCAUGAUGGCGCUCGGCGUCGCGCUGAACCGGCAGAGGGGGCUGCAGGACAAGCACCCGGCGGCCUUCGACGAGCAUUGGCGCGCCGUGCGCGUCCACGCUCGCAAGCUUGACAGGGAAAGAGCAUCUGCAUCCGGCACAUGAGUCGGAGGCUUGGAGUAAGCUCUUUCCUAUACCUGGUAUAUUUACCUUUUUGGCUUGAAAUGUGACCCAUGUUACAGAAGUUAUUCUCCGGUAAUGAGCUAUAUCUGUAUCAGCAAAAAUGGAUUUACAGAACUGCACACGAA